AUGCUGCCAACGGACCCGGCAGCGGUGGCAGCGGCACAGGAGGCUGGUCGCCAGGCCACGAUCGAGAUAUGGACGCUCUUCUCCAUCGGCUUCACGGCGACGAUGCUGAGGAUAUACGCGCGAAUACACGCCGUAGGAGUGAAGAACCUGCGGCCAGACGACUAUCUAGUGCUGGUAGCCCUGGUGUUGUACGCUGCACAGUCGACGUUGGGCUACCACGUAGGCAGCCAGGCUCAUGGACUGGCAAACAACUUCAUGUCGAACGAAGAGCGGGCAAAGCUGUCGGUGGAUGAUCCGGAGUAUCACUUCAGGGUGAUCGGGUCGAAGAUACAGCUGGCGGGCUGGACGACCUAUACAGGCCUGAUAUCGAUGCUCAAGUUCUCGAUGCUGGCAUUCUACAUCAGACUGACAGAGGGCGUCGGCGGCUCGUAUCGCCUGCAGAUUUACAUCGGCUUUGGCCUGGUCGGGGGGACUUGUCUGGCGUCGCUGCUCACCAUCUUCACGGCCUGUCGACCUACGUCCAAGUACUGGCAGAUCUAUCCGGACCCAGGCAACUCCUGCCAGCCUGCGGUAUCCCUGCCGAUAGUCUGGGUUUCGUUCGCAGCCAACAUCAUCACCGACAUCUACCUGAUACUGAUCCCUCUGCCCAUGCUCUGGAGGUCGACGCUGAGGACGAUCAAGAAGGUAGCUGCCAGCGUCGUGCUCGGCGCCGGAAUCUUCGUCCUCGUCUGCGCCUGUCUCAAGAGUAUCUUCGUCCUCGUGAACCCUGUCCAUGGCGCACAGCUUGCAGGCGCAUGGGGAGUCCGUGAAGCGUUCGUCGCGGUGAUGGUGACCAACCUGCCGAUGAUCUUCCCUCUGAUCCGAGCGAUGCUCACCCCGUACUUCUCCAAGCUCUUCUCGACGCAGAAGAAGUCGAGCUACAAGUCGCCGGGCUUCCAGACCAUCGGCGGCACUCCUCGAGGCGGCAACUCGUCCUACAACCGCAACAACGGCCGCCGCCAGCCCCAGAGCGACCUCACCACCAGCUUCACGCUCAACAGCAGCAACGAGCGCAUCGUCGACAACAACGUCAAGCUGCAGGACCUCAAGACCUUCGCUUCGCUCGACCAGGAGCCUAACGAACCCCCGCCCGCGCGAGGCAUCAUGAUCUCAAACUCAGUCGAGGUCAUGCACGAGGAUAGGGGUAAUUCGCACGACGACGAUCAACAGCAACGUGUGGAACAUGUCCGUGAAGCCUGGUAG